CUGAGAAAAGUGGGCGGCGGGGGGGGAGGGGGAGAGGGGGGGGAGUGUUGUUAGACAGACGGGGGACCCCGCUCGGCGGGCGGUGGUGGGGUUCGUCGAGCUCCACGUAGAGUGAAAGGAGGAGCGAAGAUGGCGUCCACUGCGACUGCCCCCUCGUUGGCCGGAGCGUCUAUGUUGCCAUCACCGUCGUCUCCUCGACUGGCCAGCGGCAAAGUUGUAGCAGCGCCGCCGAUCACCAUGCAAUGGGUCCAGCGGACUGCGCAGCCGCGGGCAAUGCCUGACCGCAGUACGAACUCCUUUUCUCCGUGUAGAUUUGCCGCCGCGCGGUCAUGCGCAUCCUCCUCCUCCUCACCCUCCUCCUCCUCAUCGUUGUCCUCGUUAUCAAGAUCAGCCAGUUGCCGCUCUCACAGCGGCGAAGUAGUUCACAGGGUCAUCUUGGUUCCCGCCGCCGCCGCCAAGGAGCGCAAGUCGGCCCCCCGCCGCCGCAAAGAAGCGCGCGCCGACCCCCUGCCAUCCUUCGAUCUCACAGUGACCGCUCUCACAGCCGGCCGCUGCCGGCGGCGGUAUAGAUCAGAUGCCGUUGGCAAGGAGCGCGCAUCGAACCGCUGCUAUCCGCCGACGGGAUGCAUGGCGCCGGCGCUUCGAGCCGCCGAGGAUAUGACGGCGCAUGGGAGGGGGAGGAGGAGGAGGUGGUGCAGGCCAAGCUGUCGCAGCAAUAACGUGGAGGGGACUGCCGGGAUAGCCAAAGGGGAGAGAAGGGAUCGCGUUGGAGCAAAAGGCAGUCGAUUUCGUCUGCCGACGGCCGCUCAAAGGGUCACCAAGGGUCCGGGCUUUGCACAGGGUGCUUCUAUACCAGAUGAUGUUGGACAAGACAAUGCUGCUGCUGCUGCUGCUGCUGCCUAUUGCUAUAGCAAAACUCCCUAUUCAGGCUUUGGCGGCGUCGCGCCGCCGCGAUCGAGACGAAAGGUCAAGGUCAUCAACACCUUGAUCCGAUGCGCUGCUGCGAUCUCGUCCGUCGAUGAUGCAUCUUCUUCUUCUCCUUCUUCUCCUUCUUCUUCCGCUGCUGCUGCUGCUGCUGCUGUUAGUGUGGGGACCACCACCAGUCUGGGAGAGAUCACUGUCAAAGAUUUCCCCAUCCUCAGUCAGGAAGUGAAUGGAAGGAGGAUUGUCUACUUAGACAAUGCGGCAACAUCACAGAAACCACGUCAAGUGAUCGACGCUGUGCAGAGGUACUAUCAAGACUACAACUCCAACGUUCACAGGGGCAUCCACACGCUGAGUGUGAAAGCGACCGAAGCUUACGAGGACGCGAGGGGCAAAAUUGCAAAGUUCAUCAACGCAGAGAGGGAUAGCGAGAUAAUCUACACCCGCAAUGCAACGGAGGCUAUCAACCUCGUGGCCAACACUUGGGGUGUGGCCAAUUUGACACCAGGGGAUGAGGUGGUCUUGUCCGUGAUGGAGCAUCACAGCAACCUUGUUCCCUGGCAGAUUAUAGCCGAAAGGACCGGGGCGGUGUUGAGGUUUGUGAGCUUGUCGCAGUGUGAGAGCCUUGAUAUGGAUCACCUAAGGUCGCUGGUCGGGAACAAGACCAAACUGGUAGCACUUCAACACGUGUCAAAUGCGCUUGGAUGCGUCAAUGAUGCCGUCAUGAUCGGGGAAAUUGCGCACAAGUACGGGGCCAAAGUGUUGCUGGACGGGUGCCAGAGUGUACCUCACAUGCCAGUCGACGUACAGGCUUUGGACUGCGAUUGGUUCGUGGGCUCGGGGCACAAGAUGUGUGGUCCCACGGGGAUUGGGUUCUUGUAUGGGAAGAUGGAGGUGCUCAAGGCCAUGCCACCCUUUUUGGGGGGAGGGGAGAUGAUUCAGGACGUCUAUCUCGACCACUCGACGUAUGCAGAGCCACCUAAUCGAUUUGAAGCCGGGACCCCGGCAAUUGGUGAAGCGAUAGGACUGGGUGCUGCGUGCGACUACCUGAUGGGGAUCGGGAUGGGCAAAAUCCACGACUAUGAGGUGGAGUUGUCGGGAUACCUGUACAAGAAGAUGGCAGAACUGGAAGGGAUGAAAAUCUACGGGCCAAAGCCAACGGAUCCGGGGGGAAGGGCAGCGCUGUGCGCGUUCAAUGUGCCACAGAUUCACCCAACGGACUUGUCAAUGGUUCUUGAUCAGUCGGGAUUUGCAAUAAGGUCGGGACAUCACUGCGCUCAACCGUUGCAUCGACAUUUUGGAAUAAAUGCGAGUGCGAGGGCAAGCCUGUAUUUCUAUAACACCAAGGAAGAGAUUGAUAUGUUCAUAGAGGGGCUGAAGGAGGCCAUUGAGUUCUUCAGUGUGGCGGGCGGGGUGUAAAAUUUUGUCUGAUUGGCGGUAUAGAGCUCUGUCACACUUUUUUUUUUUUUUUUUUUUUUUAAGACAGAUAUCCAGUUUGGCU